CAUUGAAAAGCAACCGGAGUUCUCGGUUUACGACACAGUGCGUCCGUGCGCGUGGUGGGAACGGUAGCAAGAUGGCGGCGCUGAAGGAGGAGCAGUGCUACGGACUGUCCUGUGGAAGAGUGAGCAACGGUAGCAAUGUCUCCGUCUUUCACGUUAAACUCACUGACAGCGCACUGAGAGCGUUUGAAGGCUACCAGAGCAGCAAGGUCCUGUCAUCACGACCAUUGAUCAGGUUUAAUGGAAACCAAGGGAAAAUUUCAAUACCACGGUCAGAAAAUUCCAGUGAACUGCAAUCGUUUACUUUCUACCUGUCGAAUGUGGGCAGAGAUAACCCCCAGGGCAGCUUCGACUGCAUCCAGCAGUACAUCACCAGUGAAGGGAGCAUUCAGCUGGAUUGUUUGGGUGGGAUCCAGGACAAGAUUACAGUAUGUGCCACAGAUGACUCCUACCAGAAGGCCAGGGAAAGCAUGGCCCAGGUUGAAGAGGAGACUCGCAGUAGGAGUGCCAUUGUCAUCAAGCCUGGGGGAAGAUACGUAGGUAAGAAGGUUCAGAUCCGGAAACCGGCACCUAGCCUCUCUGACAUCGCCCCGUUACGGAGGACAUCUCGGCCUGUCAUCAUCUCUAGCAGUACGCUAAAGAAGGGCACAACUCAGCACAGGCCACUCCGAGAGCGCCUCAUACACCUGUUGGCCCUCAAGCCUUACAAGAAGCCUGAGCUGAUCCUGAGGUUGCAGAAAGAUGGCCUCUUGCAAUUAGACAAGGACUCCCUGGAUAGCCACCUGCAACAGGUGGCAAACCUGAAUGGGAGAGACAACAUCUUCACAUUGAAGGAGUUUUUGUAUAAGGAAAUUCAGAAGGACUGGCCAGGCUACACAGAAGGAGACCAGCAGCUUCUCAAGAGAAUCCUGUUUAGGAAACAGGGCCCGGCCCAGAACAGCUCUGCCCCUCCACUGGAGAGCCCGCCCAAAGAGCUGGCCAGCAGCUCGCCAUCUCAGAAACGUCCUGCUGCUGACUUCAUCGACCCUCUUGUCAACAAAAAGCCCAGGAUAUCACACCUCGCCAGCAAGGCUGCAACAGCCCCAGUUAAUGGCAAGCUCAGUUCCUCCAACGGGAGAGGAGAGGCAGGUGGUGCACAGGCAGGAGUGGCGGUCUCUAUGUCAGACGGCGGCAUGACGUCCAGCUCCCAGCAGCUCCCUGUGCUGGACAUCCCUCGUCCUUUCGAAGCACUGUCGGACGUCAGCAACGACUCCAGCCACAACGGGAGAGAUUGUGACUCUCAGGAGUCAGCAGUGUCCGAGAGGCUAAGUCAACCUCCUUCACUAUUCUCGGGUUCAACGACGCUCACCGCGCCUAGCAUCGGCACAUCAUCUCCCAGACACACAGGCCUGGAAGGCCCUCGGGACAAGAGUCCUUCAACGUUCAACAAGUCCAGGAAGAAGUCAAAAAAGCAUAAAGACAAGGAGAAGAGUAAAGACAGGGACAGGGAGAGGGUGAGAGAGAGGGCACAAGAGAAGGAGAAGAAAAGUCGUGAGGUGCGUGUGCCUGAGCCUAACAGAGCCUGUGAGAUGAGCCCAGGAAACCUCAAAAGCAACAGUAUUCCACACAAAAGCACAGAUCUGAAUGGAAUGUGCAACAGUACCAGUAUUCCUUCGUCAUCACCUGAGGUGGCAGACUAUUUAUUGAAGUACACAGUGAUCGGCUCUCCGGAGCAGCGCCAGAGGUAUAAAAAUGAUUUCAAUGCCGAGUACAGCGAGUACCGGGGUCUGCAUGCUCGGAUAGAGGGCAUCACUCGGCAGUUCACUGUGCUUGACAAUGAGCUCAAACAGCUCCAACACGGCACAGACAAGUACAAGACAAUCCACAAUCAGAUACUUCAAGAGUAUCAUAAAAUAAAAAAGACUAAUCCAAACUAUAGCCAAGAGAAGAACCGCUGUGAAUAUCUACACAACAAACUGGCACAUAUAAAGAGACUUAUUGCAGAGUACGAUCAACAGCAACUUCAAAAGUAGUUACUAGACAUUGUUUCCCUGUUAUCUCUGGAAGCCAAGCAGAUAAAGGAAAACUCUGGAUUCCGCUUGUGCUAUUUAAAAAAAAAAAAAAAAAAAUUAAAAAAAAAAAUUCUCAUGAAAGAUGCCAUGAAGGGAGUAUUUCCCUCAUUGGGGCCAAAGGCUCUAGUGAGGACUUAACAGGACCCACAAUCUUUUUCUCUUUUUUUUUUUUUUUCUUCUUUUCUUUUUGGAAGAUGGGGUUGUGCCAGGUCCGUCUGUGUAGUUACAAUGCAUCCAGAAAAAAGGUUCUGUGUGGCUUUAUUUUUCUCAGCAGCCCACCCUGCUUAUAGUGCACAGAACUCUGAAAGAGUCAAACGUGGACAUUUUCCCACUUUCGGGAGAUAUCCAAAUAACCUUUCUUGCUUUUGAAACUAGAGAUAAGGGGGCAAUUAAUUUGUUUUUGAGUAAAGAGAAGUUAAGUGAACGAUUCAUCAGUUUUCCCCAUAUACUCAAUCGAAAUGGCUGUGAUGUUGAAUUUAUGUCUGUUUUUCUCUUUAUUUAUUUUUGACUCUUAACUUGGGGGGAAGAGUCUGUUUUACACUCCUCAAUAUCAGUACUUAAAAGCUGUCUCUCUUAUUUUCUGUCUUCACAUCUUGAAUGUCAGCCAGUAUUUUAUUCAGAAGCUGCCUUGCCCAUCUAAUUGUCAUCUUUUGGCGUUAUUUUUUUCUUUUUAAAAAGAUGCAGAUAUUACUGUUGAUUAAAUCAAAACAACGCUUCUAAAUGCACACAGUCAGACGCAGGUUUGUGCGCUUGGCUUUUCUAAAAUCAUGUGCAGAUGUCUUAACAGAGGGGGACGUGUGUGAAAGUUUCCAGUCACUCUUGAGCUUUAGAUUCUCUUAGAACAGUCUCCUCACUCAGCCAUGGCGAGCUGCAGUGCUUGUUCAUCAGUUACAGCAGUGGUCCUUUAGUUAUUGUUCAUCAUAUUGUAUCAAUGAAAAACUAGAUUUAGCUCUUAAUUGGUUGUCUUUCCAGUUUAGGUUAUGAUGGCUUUUGUAGCAAUAUGAGUAUUCAAAGUUAUCUGAAGAGUUCAUUGCCAGUUGUACUCUUUAUCAUGCUUCAGAAGAUCCUCUAAUUGUAAGAUAAUGCAGAUAGGGGAUGCAGACCUGCAGGCUUUUUCUUCUCAUCUUCAAAAUGUUCAAAACUUAGGUUGAUACAGAGAUCUGAUAUCUCCAAAGUCAUUAUUGUCACCUUCAGUUAUGUUAAAAUAGUGUUUACAGUGUCUUUUUAAAGAUUGUUUUUGUUUUGUUUUGUCUGCUCAUUGACCCACAUGAGUCCGUCGAGACGACUGUUAAGCUGAAGCCAUCCUUGAUCAUCUUCCAGGUGGAGGCCUGUCAGAGAAGGAAGGCUCACCUGCGACCAGUUUUUGCCUUUUCAAAUGUGAUGUCAGAAAUUCGCGGAGGUUGACCUGAAAUCUAUUUCCUGGAUCAGCUCUCCUCUCUGAGAAACGCCGCGUCAAGGCGGAUGCACUCGACGUAUCCGUAGACAAAUUAGAAAUGCUGUAUCAGAACUUGACCUGAUGAACGAGCGAGCCAAGUUUAGUCAGCAAAUGCAUUUCUUAUAUCGAUCUUUUUAUGUGAAUAUGAAAAAUCAGCACUUUUUCUCCUGAUCUUGCUCUUACCUGGGGGUUUUGUCCAAAUGACUUUUCUCUUUGUCCAUCAGAGUGCAUGCUUUAUGAAUGUGUUACAAUGAACAGUCUUUGUAUCUUUACUGGGGACUGCUCAAGGAUAUCAAAAUCCAAGCAGAGGCCUAGUCCAGCAGAAUUAGUAUAUAAUCAAUUCGACAUGGCUCUGACCAGCAUGUAUACCAAAGUGCUUACCGAGUGGGAUGAAACAAAAACGCUCUACCAAAUGUUGGCAAAGGAACAUGUCGUGGUAUUCUCUACUUCCUGUCAUCAUUUCUUUUGUAAGAACUUAUCAUCCAAUUGAAACUUUCUCAGUGUUUUUCUUGUGAGAAGUCAGAGGAGGCUUCUUUGCUCCAGAUGGGAUUUGCAUGGCUGGGCUCAAGUGUUUCAAUGUAAUGCCAGGUUUCAGAUUAUAUCACUCCUAAUGCAAACACUACAUUAAGGCCAGUGUGCCAAGACUCAUCACAACGAUGCGGCUGGGUCUAGACGGAGGCUGGGUCUGGGACUCUGAUGGCUGGGCAAGGGACGUAAAGUUUGUAAAGGUGAAUGUCUUGUUACCAGAAUCAACACCCAGCAUGGCCCAGUACUGCAACCUUUAACAAGAAAGACACUUCACCAUUCUUACUGUAUCUUGUUUUCUAGAAACAUUCUGACAUGAUUACUGUACUGCACCUCCUAUUACGGUCAAAAUCUAUUGUGAAUGAGUUCAUCAGUAAACACAUUUUGCUCCGAGGGAGAGCAAACUGUUUGAAAGUAACUAUAUGCCAGCACAGGAGAACCGCUGUAUGAGUUGAUUGUGCCAAAAUGACCUGUUGUAUAGGGUAUAUACAUGCUGCUGUAUAAGCAAAGAGGGCUUUGGAGAAGAGUCAUGAAAUGUUGGCGCUAAAACCCAAAGCACGCUUUUUGAAAACCAUAAGGGACUGGGACUGAAAUUGAUCUUUGUUUCAAUAAAAUUCUUUCAAAUCCUUAUUUGUGAAA